AUGGCUCACAUCGCCGAACAGCUCAAGCAAAAGGGCAACGAGCAUUUCAAGAAGGGCGAAUGGCAGGAGGCAGAGGCAUGUUACAGCCAGGCGAUCCAGAAGAACAGCAGCAAUCCGCUCCUCUACACCAACCGGGCGAACGCGCGGCUGAAGCUGGAGCUAUGGCAGGAGGUCAUCGACGACUGCUUGAGGAGUAUCGAUCUGAUGAGGGAUAAUAUGAAGGCGUACUUUUAUUUGGCACAGGCACAGCUCGCCAUCAACCACCCAAAUGAAGCUCUCACCUCCGCCCUCACCGCCUACGAAAUGUGCGUCAACUCCAAGGGCCAAACCUCCUCCGCAGCCACAAUUUCGCAAGUCGUCCUGCGCAGCAAAAAAGCAAAAUGGGAAGCCCGCGAACGCGAGCGCCUGCGCAAGCAAAGCGCGCUGCUAGGCGAACUCGAAGAUAGCCUCGAGCGAUCUAAGAAGGCUGAUCUGGCGGACAUUGACGAGCGGGCAAGCCAAGGGGAGUUAGGCGCCGUGGCGGCGGAAGAGGAGCGCGCGGCUGUUGUUGAGGCUGCGGAGAGGAAAGUCGAGGAGUUGAGGAACACGUUUGCAUUGGCGGAUCCGAAGAACGUGGGGAAGAGGGAGGUACCGGAUUAUUUGGUGGAUAACAUCACGUUUGAGAUCAUGCAUGACCCUGUCAUCACCAAGAACGGGAACUCCUACGAACGCGCCACCAUCAUCGAGCAUCUCAAGCGGAGCCCCACAGACCCUUUGACGCGCGAGUCGCUUACUAUUGACGAGCUCCGGCCGAACAUUGCGUUGAGGCAGGCUUGCACAGAGCUGUUUGAGCAACAUCGAGGGUGGGUUUACGAUUGGUAA